AUGGCGCGACGACAGCAUCUCACGCUAACCUUGGUGGCGGUUAUGGUAUUCGUGGGCCUAAUAUACGUAAUGUCAGGCAGCUCGAAUACUCAGCGAUACCCGACAAGGAUACCGAGCGGCUUUGAGAGCAAGCCGGAACAUCGAAGCCACGAGGGUAGCGGCAGCGUCAGAGACAGUGACAGUGACAGUGUGAGCGUCAGCAACCCAGCCUCCAGCAUCUCAGACACCAUCCUCAAUGGCGGCUCCAUUGCGCCCAAGCUUGAGAAUGCAACAAUAAAAGCCGAAUUAGGCCGGGCCUCCUGGAAGCUCUUCCACACCAUGAUGGCACGCUUCCCGGAGAAACCGACGCCCGACGAUAGCCUCGCCUUGAAGACGUACAUUCAGCUGUUUGCGCGCCUCUAUCCGUGCGGCGACUGCGCCUCUCACUUCCAGAAGCUGCUCAAGAAAUACCCACCCCAGACAAGCAGCCGGAAUGCGGCCGCAGGGUGGGCCUGCUUCGUACAUAACGAGGUUAACAAGCGGCUGAAGAAAGAGCAGUUUGAUUGCAACAAGAUCGGGGACUUCUAUGACUGUGGCUGCGGGGAGGAGGACGGGAAGAAGAAGAUAGAUGAGUUGAAGGAAAGAAAUGGCGUAACUCUGGAGAAGGAGGAGGGCUUGACAAGGGGAGGGUGA